AUGACCAACAGCAGCAAAGAGCCAUCGGUUAUUCCUGCGCGAUUGGUACCGGUAACCGGCUUCAUACCGCCAUCGCGUCGUCGGAAAAAGUUUUCUGGCAAACGCACGAGGUGCAAAAAGUGCUUUAGCAAGCGAGUGGCGAAAAGAAACGCACUCAGAGAUUCGAGCGUUUGCUUCGUAGAAACGUGUGAAAACCACCCCUUCUUCCGUUCGGCAGAAGCAAUCUUCCAUCUAUUCCGGUGGACCAAAGCCGCCAAGAGCAUUCGUCGAUCUGAACAGGUUUCAGCGGACAGAAGAACUCCAUUCCGAAGAUUUGACGAAGACGGUUCCCGUGACACAGCAAACGACGACGACCUGUCGCAUUGGAGGCCAUCGUUUCAAUCUAAAGGCAUCUUGGCAGCGCAAAAAUCACCCCACUGAUUGGGU